AUCCCUCUGAGUUAGAGUUGGUUUUGGUGACCACAUACAGUCAAUGUGAGGUUAAGCUGAGAGACGAGGGAUGAGCUACCGCUGUCAGGUGUGAACAUGAUUUAAAAUUACUCCUGUAUGUUCUUUGCUCCAUCAAAAAAAGUUUUUGCACUUCUCAAGUGACCCAUUAAGUCAAGCUCAACUGCUUUGUUGCUCGUGGCAGUGGAAUAAAGAUGGAAAAUGUAUCUAAUGAUUUAAAUUUAGAUGGUUUUUCUAAUCAGUUACCUUUGAGUAAAUUGGAUUUUAAACAGUUCGGGGUAGAAAAGCUGACAAAGCAACAGCAGGCGGAGCAGUGAAGAGGAUGAAAAGGCUCCACCCUGUCACUAUGUUACGGCCAAGUGGUUGCAGCUUUCUCCGUCCACACGUUAUCUGUAAGAGUCAACAAACAGCGCAUCAGAUAAGGCCAGCGGGUGAGACAAGUUGUACAAAGCAUCCAUUGAUUUAUUCCCCUGCAAAGCUUAAUGGAUGUGCAACGCAGAGAGGGGUUUCUGCUCUGGAUAUCGGGUAUGGGUCGAGAGUCUGCGGAGGUGGCACCUAGAAUUCUUUUUCAUCCCUACCACAGUCGUCACUCUGGCCACCUUGCUCGCCAACCCUGUUCUCCUGGCAUGCAUCCUGCUGUCCCGGGCCUUACGUCGAGAGACGCGUUACCUGCUGGUGGCCAACACCCUGACGGCAGACAUUCUCUUCCUCAUCAUCAACCUGGCCACCAUGAUCUGUAAUGCUGCGAGAGCUCAGAUACCCUGGACCGUCUGUGGGCUCCUCACAGCCGUCACUGUCACCGCCUACUGCUGUGCCAUCCUCACUACCACCCUCAUGGUGGUCGACACCUACGCCGCUGUCCGCUGGCCUCUCCGUUACCACGAACUUCUUCCCCCUGCCCGCACCCACCGCAUACUGGUGGGGGUGUGGGUGCUGGCGGCCAUUUACCCUUUCACCCUGGUGAUCAUGAUGGAGGCGGACAGGGUAAAUGCCCCCGAGAAGUUGGCCGUUUGUCUGGUUCUCAUCUCCCUCGGCCUCAUUCAGGUCCAGAACGUGAUGUGGAUCCACGUCUACUUCUUCGUUGCUGCGCUCAUCUGUGCUUUGGUCAUUUUUUACUGUUACAUUCGGCUCUACAUGGUAACAAGGACCCAGGGCAUCUGGCAGAGCCGCUUCUCCAGGGCUCGGGUCACCCUGCUGGCCCAUGGGGUCCUGCUCCUGCUCUACUUCGCCCCAGGCUUUGUUUUCACCGUGGAGCUCUUCAUGUUCCAGAGGAGUGACAUAAGUCAAGAUGUCCGUGUGUGGAUCAGCACAGUCAAUAUGUGUGUUUUCAUGUUGCUGCCCAGGGUGUUUGCUCCUUACCUCUAUGGGCUGAGGUACAGGGAAAUCUCUGACACUUUAAUGCAGCAGCUGCAUCGGAACAGGAGAAACAGCCAGAACACAGUGUCAUGAAUGACUCUUUAGAACCGUCUGUUAGUCAAUUUCUCCAAUGGCAUUGCUUUUGAUUUAUAGGGUUAGUUCUCAAAGUAGCCCUCCAACAAAAAAAGAUAGAACUGCAAAGGCUGUACACAGGAUUUUUUUUUUGAAAUAAUGAGGUUAUGAAUACAAAUAUGACUACAAAUUCAAUUCAACCCAAAGUGUUUUUCCGACUUGCCACUAAAAUAUAUGUAUAUAAUUGUAUAUGUAUAUAAGUAUUUUUUCAUGUCCUCUAUAUUAAUUAAAAUAUAUAUAUAUUGUUUUUAAUUCUAUCCUAUUAUUUAUAUAUGUUUUUUACCUAAAGCAGUGUCUCUAGGACACCAAUUUUUUUGGAGCAAUAAUUGGACAUAAAUUCCUCCUUAUUUUUUUAAAAAAUUUACAAAUUGUCAGGAACAGUAAUGAGGACAUUUUCUCACUCGUGGUUGUAUUGUGCAUUAUUUAUUUCACAUACUGUUUUCUUCAGUUCACCUUUAUUGUCAUUUGAGAGAAGCCAUACGAAAUUUGAGUGUGAUGACAAUAAAGUUCAUUCUAUCAU